AUGUUCGCGAGAGUUUCCUGGAUCGUCGCGAUAUUUGUGACUCUUUGCGUUUGUAUCCAUGCUCAAUCACCGUCCAAUGAAGAACCCGUGUCACAAGUCUGCUUAGGCUGCAUGUGCGAAGUUGCUUCGGGAUGUAACACCACUAUCGGCUGUUCCGAAUCACUUUGCGGACCCUUCGCUAUAACAUGGGGCUACUGGGCAGACGGUGGCAAACCAACUCUAAACAAUGAGCCGAGCGCCACCGAUGGUGCUUAUCCCCGAUGUGUCAACGAUCCCUAUUGCGCUGCUCGUACGAUACAAGGCUACAUGAGCAAAUUCGGUCAGGACUGCACUGGAAACGGAGUGAUCGAUUGCGACGAUUAUUUGCGUAUUCAUUAUUUGGGCGCAUAUGGCUGUACCGGUCAAUUAAGCAAUAAACUCGAAAAGAGAUACAAAUUGUGUAUAGCAACAUUUGGGAACCAAUAA